AUGCAGCCCGGUGCUGAGCAGAUCCAACAUGAGCGAUUGGCGAUGACAUUCGAUACCUCUUUACGAUCCUCUCCUACAUCCCUCUCUUCCGACCCGACCUCGACGUCCGUAUUGUCUUUCGCCAACCACAAGGGCUGGCGGCCAGGCCGCUUUCAGCCUCACGGUGAUGGCUCGCCUACCUCAAUUGUCAUUAACAUUAAUGAUGGCGGUUCGACUGGCCGGGGAAUCCUCAUCGGUGUAUUGUCAGCGUUUGGCUCCGCGGGUAUCGCUGUGCUUGUUCUCGCUAUCUUUUUCUUCUUCAAAUACACAUCUCGAGGGCGCAUCCUGCUAGACCGUAUAGGUCGACCCGGUGAAUACGAUGACGAGCAGGCGUUCGCACAUGAGGAGGCGGAAGCGCUGGAGACCAUGGAUGAAUUGCAGAGGACGGAAUAUCUCAGAGCCAAAGCUUUUACUCAAGCGAAUCCUCCAGAGUCCGCACAAACCGAUAUAUCACUUUCACAGUUCUUAGCGAUUCAAGAGAAGGGAGUUUCGGCUUGGGAAUUUGAGCCUGAACUAGAGAUUGCAAAUUGUUUCGUGGAAGCGAGGACCGAGAUUGAAUUUUUCGACUCGGAAUGCAGUGUUCAAAGCAAUCUCCCUGUGCCGAAGCAGAAUGAAGUAUAUUACUGGGAGGCUAAGAUAUAUGAUAAGCCCGAGAGCAGUCUGAUCAGUAUUGGAAUGACCACCAAGCCAUAUCCUCUGUUUAGGCUACCUGGAUUCCACAAAACAUCAGUUGCCUACACUUCGACAGGACAUCGAAGGUACAACCAACCGUUUAAUGCGACGUCCUACGGCCCUCCAUACGUGCAGGGAGACGUUAUCGGUGUAGGCUAUCGGCCACGCACUGGAAGUAUAUUCUUUACACGAAAUGGGAAGAAGCUCGACGAGGUUGUGCAUAACCUCAAAACUCAAAAUUUCUUCCCGACUGUGGGAGCCAACGGACCUUGUACUGUCCAUGUCAACUUUGGACAAAUGGGAUUUGUGUUUAUCGAAGCGAAUGUCAAGAAAUGGGGGUUAGCACCAAUGACUGGAAGUUUGGCUCCUCCCCCACCAUAUGGUAGUGAGCAAGGUAGCAUCCUGCUGGAAACGGGAAGAGAGGGUACUCGACAGCCUGCAUACGAGCCAGGUCACUCGAGAACCCGCAGUGGACUUGCGAGACUCGGACUCCCUGCUGGCAAUUACGGACCUGUACGGACACAUACUGAUAUAUCACUGGCACAGUUGGCUCACGUCUCGAGCCAGGAUCUCCCCAACCAGGGCAACAGUCUGCUUGACAUUGGGGAUAUCCAGCACCAACCGGUGGAAAAUACGCCAGCCGGUCAACAGAUCAUCCCUCCCCCAGAAUAUAGCAGUCCACCUGGAAGCCGGAGAAGCAGUGGUGAAGGUGAUGAUGAGGAGAGAAGAGGGCUGCUGCAGGAUCAAGCAGGUCAGCCGCCUAUACCGACUUAUGAUGCUGCCGUUAGUGAAGCGGCGGGACCGAGUCACACAUCAUGA